GUAGAGGGUAAGUACCCCUUUUUUUUUUUCUUCAUGCAUGUUAUGUAAAACAAGAAUUCAUAUUGCUUCCUCUGCUCAAACUAGUAAAGGCUAAAUGUUGUUAUAACUGAAUAUCAAUCCAUACACAAGUGUGUAAAGUACAACAAAAGCACACAAUCACACUCACAAUCACACGUGAAAAUAAUGACUCAAGGUAAAAAAAACCUUGAUUGUUGUAAGACUUAGCAGGUGAAGUAAUAAGUAUAUGUAUAAGUUAUAUUUGAGUGAUUUCUGUCUCUAGCAAGACAAGUUGUUACACAAUUGUAACUGACAUUUAAAUGUCUCCUUUAGUGACAUCUGCUUCAGUGUCAAGACCACCCGCUGACACUAAAGAAAAACAACCGACGCUGCUUGUGGAUGCCCCCGCCGCCACGCCGACAGUGAAGAGACCUGUGCCCCUUCCUGCUGAGCUGCAGUUUAUGGUCAAAGAGCUAGAGAGGACUGUCUCUGCACCAGCCGAGCCCCCUGCCUUGGCUUCCCCACUGGCACAGACAGCAGAUCAGGACAUAAACAGUUGGAGCUGCUCGCAUCAUCAGAGGAUUUGGAUGAGGACAGAACUCCAGUCUCUGGGACUGUGGCCUGGGUUCCAACAUAUGCUCAAGCCAGGGCACGCGCUUUCACUAUGGCGUCUCCCCCCACAGCCUGAACUCAUGGACACGGCGUCAACUCUCCAGUCCCGCAACCUCUUCCAGCUCCAUCCGUUUUUUAUCUGGAAACCUGAGAGUGACAUAAUGGUGAGGCUGAGGGAUAAUUAUGUACUCCCUUGCCUUCAUGGUUGUCCAAAGCCAGACGUUGUCUCAGCCGGUGUGGGAAGGCCGCGAGUGAUUGUCGGCACCAACAGACAAUACUACAUCUUUGCUUCGCGACUUCGCUGCGAGACGUGUAAGCGGAUGUGGUUUGCCGACAGUCCUCGGUGGCUGGACAAACUGCCAAAGCGCUUCACAAACAUUGUGCCAGCAUUCCUGACUUACAAGAAGGCCUUUUGUAAGUCUGUGCUUCAUGAGCUGAGGCGCACUGGCAAGUCGCCUUCUGACAUGGCAAAGCAGGUGAACAAACUGCUGCAUCUCAAGUAUGAACAGGCUCACCUGGCAUACCUCUACAGCAUUCAGAACACCUGGGACGCCGAGGCUGGGGUUUGUGGGCAGCAAACGCCUGUGAGGAAGGAAGACGCGCCACAGUCGUUUGGAGCCUAUGAUGACGCAGAUGGAUGGUGUGGGGUCUCUGUCUCUGCCUCCUACUUAUCAGACUGCCUCACUGAUAUGUGCAAGCUCCAGCAGGGCACUUUUGGACAGGUCUUGCGCUCUGACCACACCAGGAAGGCUGACUCACUGGUUCCCGUGUCUCCCCCCCCUGGCCCGACACCAUCCGCAAACCUGGCCCCGUCCACUCCUGCACCUGUGGCCCAGCUCCCCCAGCUUCAACCUGCUGAGAGCCAUAAUGUACAGCUGAUGUCCCAAGGAAGCACGGGACAUCCAGCUAUAAUGGAAACCUCACCUCUGCCACUGGAGACACAGAAGCUGUGGCAAACUGGGGGAAGUGAGACUGUCCGUGUCCCCGUUGUGGUGCUGCCACCAGCCACUGUCAAUCCAGUCGAUCCGGACCAAGUGCCGCCUGAAAAGCCAUUGGCAGAGGACAAAGUACAGAAAAUGUUACAGGACAUAUUGCAGCAGCAGCAGCAGUUUCAGCAACAGCUACAACAGGUUCAGCUGCUGCGGCAGGAGCAGCAACAAAAGCCCCGGCAGAGCAAAACAUGUCAUGCGUGUGGGCAGCCGAUGUCGCGCCACCAAAAUGAUGGAUCGUCGAUCCAUCAUUUUUACCAACAAGGCCCUACACGCUACCACUACUGCUCCACAAAGGUCUUCCAGAGGUACUCUGCAGAGGGCCUGACAGACUCUAGGAUGCCCUUUGAAGCGUUUGCUCAGACCACAUUCUUUCAGCGUGAGCUGCAGCUGACAAAGGGCAGAGUGGAGGAAAAGGCUGCCAAGAGGAGGAAACUGAUGGAACCUGUGGCUCCUCAAACGCAGGGGAGAAUGUGCCGCUUCUGCCAUACGGCGCUGAAGCAGAGCCCCCACAGCAAACAUAUCCACACGGGGUUUCCUGGAGUGGCAGGUAAGUACAUUUACUGCCCUCCGAAAGUCCUUAACCUCUACAGACCACAAGGUAUGGUGAAAGAAAUGACAUGGAGGGAAUUCCAGGCCUCACCCUUUUAUGCCAUGGAAAAGGAGAGGUGGACAGUGGAGAGAAAAAAAUAGAACAUGUCGGAUGUAAUCCUCUAACCAUAACCCUAACCACUAACACAAGGAACAGAUUUACAGACUUACAUGUUCUGUACAGGUGGACUCUGUCAUUGGUUGUGGAGAAGGAGUGUCUCAAUUGUGUUGUGUGCACAAUGUUGUUGUUAUGUUUAAUUUUUGAAGGAUAA